AUGACGGUGGCUUCGCCGGAGGGGACCGCAAGCGAGGCAAUGGACGUCGCUGGGUCAGAUAUUGGUAAGUCGGCUCAGGAAAACUCCUCUCGUCCCGGAUCCGCAUCUCAUUCACCUCGCUCAGCAAGCAAACCCCCGUCGGUUGCUGGGUCCAAUGGCUCCAACACAGCGUCAAAUCCAGCUCAGAUCCUGCCAAAGACGGACAAGCCUCGCCCUCAUGUGUGUACCACCUGCAUGCGCUCGUUUGCUCGACUCGAGCAUCUGAAGCGGCAUGAGCGCUCCCACACGAAGGAAAAGCCAUUUGAGUGCCCCGAAUGUACUCGCUGCUUUGCCAGACGCGAUUUGCUUUUACGUCACCAGCAGAAACUGCACUCAUCGACGACACCAUCGGCCCGACCACGAUCAGGCCGGCGGGAGAGCGUUGCGGGGGUUGCUAGUGGCCGCGUGCGGAAGAACUCCACAGCCGGCAACGCAGGGACGAUGAGACCGAGGGCGAACACACUCAGCCAUGUAGACUCGGCGACACUGGGGUUGCUGUCCAGUUCUACUGGAAACUUUGGCCGCCAGUACAUGUCCGGUCACAACCACAGCAGCAGCGUGAACAUGCUUCCUGGACCGCAGGGGUUUGCGUAUCGCGGCGUACACUCAAGUCACGCUCCCUUCAAUCUGCCGAAGCUGGAGACUCACGGUCUGCCCAUAGAUUUCUCAGGUGGUCUACGGACGGCACCACCAUUUGGAGGUUUCGGAUCCGAGUUCGGAGGCGGUUUCGGUCCAGACCAGGGGGACACAAUCAAUCCUCACGCGCUGCACAUGACCAACUUGCACGGGCUUGGUCUGGAUCCCAUGGGUUCGCCAUUCCAACAAAUGUUCCCUGGCAUGACAGCGUCUCAGGCUAUGGCUGAGGAUGAGGCCGGGUUUGACUGGAUGACGCAUGGUUUCGAGAACCAAAUGUCAUUUGCGCAGGCGCACGAGAAUGCCAUUGAUGAUUCUUCGCCCUCUGCCAUGAGCACUAACAGUCCGGCUCCUGCCAACGAUAUGCACAGCGAAGCAAACAUGGUACUCAUGCAACAAUCGUCGGCAACUGCGGGUAAUAUGUGGUCCAAUGCGCUUGAAUGUGGGGUCCCCGUCCUGAACAGUCCGAUGAGCGUGGAUAUGAUGUCUGCUUUCAAUGAAGUGGUCAACGUCCCAAUGGAAACUAUUUCACCUAAAUCUCUCUUGGGCCGAGGAUCGUCCAUGGAUAUGAGCCUUCCCACGCCACCGGAUUUCGUGUCUAUCGGCGCUUCCGCCAUGCAAGCAAACCCCCGGUAUAACGGGUUCCAAUUAUCUUUCACGGCCGAGGCACCCGCUUCUACUCCCUCAACGGCAUCAAGGGAUAGCAGCUUGCGGCAGAGUUCAGCGACAACUGCGUCCUCUGAGUUAGUGAGCGAUCACAUUCGGAAUGUCUUGAUUGUGGGUCUCUCGCAAAAUACUGGGUUUGGACAACGCAAAUACUCUCAACCCGCAAUCAGUUCACCACUGUCCCCGAGCUCCAACGUGCGUCCGAAGGGCUUCAACCCUAGUACUUUUCCUAGUACGCAUGAGCUGCAGCGGUAUGUCUCUGCCUAUAUUAGGUAUUUCCACCCACAUUUACCCUUUUUACACAUCCCGACUCUCAACUUCGAGGCCCCAGACUAUACAACUCCCAUCAGACUAGUGUCGGGCAAUUCUCAAUUUAACCCAACCACUGUUGCUGGAGGGGCCAGCUGCUUGAUUCUGUCAAUUGCCGCCAUUGGAGCUUUGUAUGAAGGCGAGGUAUCUCAGUCAAGAGAGCUCUUUGAAUGUGCCAAACGACUGAUCAGCAAUUACCUUGAAGAGAGGCGCAAAGCCAAUAUGACCAAGACACAGUUUGCACCGCGACACUCUACCGAGAGAGAAGAUACACCACUGUGGCUGGUUCAGGCUAUGCUUCUGAACGUGAUUUACGGCCACAACUGUGGUGAUAAAACGGCCGCUGAGCUCGCCAGUAACCACUGUGCGGCUUUGGUAAGCCUUGCUCGUGGCGCUGAGCUUGCACGGCCGUCCCAGGGCCACGCUGGAGCAGGACCAAACGACGUCAACGGGCAUGGCCAUAUGAAUGGGAGGGCGACCAACGGCUGGAACUCGAUGAUCAAUGAAGUCGACAACUCCGACUGGGUCGAAUGGAAGCUUGUGGAAGAACGCAAACGGACGCUGUACGCAGUCUUCAUUCUUUCCAGCAUGCUUGUGACGGCCUACAACCACCCCCCUGCGCUCACCAAUUCUGAAAUCAGGUUGAAUCUACCGUGUGAUGAAGAGCUUUGGGCCGCCGAAUCGGCACAUCUGUGGCGGAGUCUGGGAGGAACGUCCGGCCCAGAGGCAAACGCCGUCACUUUCGCCGCAUCUUUAACGCAUCUCCUGACGUCUGCACACCGACAACGACGGCGGAACAGCAACGUCGCUGCCCCCGGAAUCACGGGCGAACCGGAGCUCCGUCCCAGUACCUUCGGCUGCUUGAUCUUAGUCAAUGCUCUGCAUAACUACAUCUGGGAAACCCGGCAACGGCAUCUUGGGCGAGAGUGGACUACAAGUGAAACCGAACAGAUGCAUGCUCACAUUGAACCAGCACUUCGGGCUUGGCAGGCUGCCUGGGCGAACAACCCCAGCCACAGUCUGGAACGGCCCAACCCCUUUGGCGCUGGACCUUUGUCUGCUGAUUGCAUCCCAUUGCUCGACCUCGCAUAUGUCCGGCUCUUUGUCAAUUUCGGUCGAUCCAAAGAGGCAUUUUGGCAACGCGAUUAUGAUGCUAUGGCAGAGGAGCUGGCCAAAGGUUCAGCUAUAUCGCCAGGCCGAGAGACUGCAAAUACAAAUCUGGGCAAGAACUCCUCAUCUAACAACAAACAUGAUCAGUGGGGCCAGCAGCAGAUGCCAUCUCCGGCUGAAGAGGGUAUGAAAAUCGAACCACGGGAAACUAAGCCUGAAGGUCGUUACUCUCAAUCAUCUCACCGCGAACGACAUCUUCGGAAGGCAGCCUUCUAUGCGGCAGACUCCCUGUCCGUGUCGGAAAAACUGGGAUUGAGCUUCGCAGAGCGUCCCUCUCGAGAGCUGCCCACGCAGUCAGCCAUGUGUGCGUUUGACUGUGCACAGGUGGUGGCGGAAUGGAUCGCAGCCGUGCAAGAGCGCGUUGGCAAGUAUCUGGGUGUGAUCGGCCGCGACAACAUGAAUCUGCUAGACGUCCCCGGUAUCCUGUUGCUUGAGGACGAGGAUCGGAAGCUGAUCCAAAGGAUUGACGAAGUAUUGAACAGCGCGGAACACAAACUUGAAUCUCAAGGUGGCUUUGAUCUGGCUGCAGCUCGCGAAGGUGGCCAUGGCAGCAGAAUUCUCACUCUAACCGCAUACAUUCUCGAGCGAGAUUCUGUAUGGCCUGUGUACACACUCAUGGCUCGUUCGCUACGGACACAAGCAGGACAUAUCCAAGAGCGAGCCUUAGCCUCCGUCGCCUGA